UUCUAAAUAAAACAAUUUAUUAAAAAUACCAUAAUAAUCUAAUCACAUAAAAAUAACAUCUUUUUAACUAAAUAAAAAAACUUGAGCAACAAGCAGUUUCUUCAACUGGUUAAAUAAACAAAAAAAAAAAUUUAUACCACAGAAAUAUAUAACUUAUAUAUACAAUAAUAAAAUAAAGAUACAACCUAAAGAACAGGAAUUGAACAAUAUAUUGGCACAUAUGAUAAAAACUGAAAUUAGAGACAGUAAUUAAUAAACUAUUAUCACAGAUAAUUCAUAAUCCAUAUUACUUCCCUUCUUGCAAUUACUACAACUUUUUCAUUAAACAAAUAAGCUUUACCCUCACCAAAUUCUUUACUGUAUAAUCCAACUCCUGCAUUCAUAUCAAUUAUAUAGUAUUUUUUAUUACCCAGACUUGGGACAUGGAUGAAUAAGUAUUUACCACAAAUACCUUCAAAAAUUAUACUUUCUGGAAAUCUAUUUAAUGCCAGAUUAUCUGUAGUAACAGUAUGAAUCCAAUAAGUUAUGCCAGAUAUAGAGUGUAUAGCGCUGACCCUAUGGUAGCUUUGCCUUUUAACUUCCAAUAUAUAUACAUUUUCUCCAUGCACAACCAUCGAUGUUUUGCCUUCGACUCUUUUUAAUAUCCGUCGUUUAGCAGUUUGGGGAUCCCACCACUCUAUAUAUGCUUUAGGAUUUUUUUUGGCUUUACAGAGCAACGUAAAAGUUUCAUCAAAAGCAACAUCACAUAUUUGUGAUCUUGUAUGUCGUUGAUACAUUAAAUUACCGUAAUCAGUCAAUAUCUUAAUAUGACCUUUAGACCAAGCUACAACUUUAUGACGGUUGUCAUGCUUAAUGUUGGCAUUUUCAAAAACAAAUUUUUUAACAGUACCACUUUCAAGAUGAAUAACAUAAAUAUGAUCAACGCUUCUGAACCAUGCAUAAUGACCAGAAAUGAAAGAAACAAUAAAAGAACGAUCCUUUGACGUGGAUGCAUGAUUAAAACUUCUAACUUCUUGAGUUUCCUGAUAAUCGUUAUGUAGAACAAAAGUCUUGUAAUAAACAUAGUCACCUGAAGAUUUCUUGUAAACAAGAAUAACAUUUUUAUGAGACACUACAAGAUAUAAGGUAGAAACUUGAACAGAAUCAUAUUGCCCCUGUUGUGGUAGAGGAAUGUCGAGAUAUUUUACUUCUUCGAUGCCAUUUGGUGAUAAUUCUGCAAUAGCAAACAUGUGUGAUUGAUAGAAACAUAGUGUAAGUGAUCUUCCAGAGCAGACGACAUUGAACUCGGGUUCUCGAAGCACCAUCUGACUAAAUAUAAAAUUUCCAUUUUUCCAAUUAUGUAAAUGUCUCCCGUAUUUAUAUUUGAAAAGUCGGGCACAACCACACCAUGGGCCUAUAUAAAACAAAUAAAUAUAUAAGUUUAUUAAUAAAUAUUCUUAAGUUAAUUACAUCUCACUCCAAAGAUAUACCAUUCCUGAGAAAGUAAAAUAUAAAUUUAGAUGUCCAAAAAUAAAGCAAUAAUUAGUAAUUAUGAAAAGCAAAUUAAGGAAAUUUAAAAAAAGAAGUUUUAAUGAUUAAUAAGAAUUAUCAGUGGAACAGUGAAAUAAAAUUAAGUUUAAGUCAUGGUAUAUUUUCUUGAAAGAGUAUAACAGCUUUUCAAAAUGUUUUAUUAAUAUUUCAAGAAUAAACAUCUUGAUGUAAAAAAAGUAGACAUCAUAAACUAAAAAUUAGAUUUAAAGGUAGAUUCAAGUUACACUGACAGAAAUCAAGAAUAUAUAAACAGUAAGACAGUUAGUUUUGAAUAUCUUAUAUGAACAUCAGUCACAUGAAUGUUAUUAAAUAAUGUCUAAUAAAAUUAUUGAUCUACUUAUGGACUGCUAGAAAUAAAUUAUUUUGCUAACAAAGAGAAAGAAAGUAUUGAUAUUAUACCAUUAAAAAUAUAUUUCAUAAUUUAGUCACUAAAAGUUCAGGUGAACUGGGUAUUAAUUUUUAUAAUAAAAAAAAUUUAAUAAACCCAUGAUUCGAUGGACAAUAUAAUUAAUAUUAUGUUACGAACAGUAGCAUAACUAAAUCUAGAAAUGAGAACCUUAGUAGCAGCAAUGCAGGAUUAGAGGUUUAAAAAAUAGCAAGAAAUAUUUCCUUAAUUCAUUCUGAGGGGAAAAAAUAACAGUAUAGUUCAUUCUCAAAUAAUAUGCAACUUGAUACAUGAAGUCUUUAAGCUGCUCUAGGGUCAAAAGUUGUACACCAUCUUUAACUACCACUGCAGUGUUCUAUGGUCAAUGAACAUCUUAUGGAGUGAUUUGUUAAAAAAAAUAUGAAAAAGUAAAGCUAGAAAAAAAAACAACUGUGGAUCCAUACCCAACAGGAUCCUUGGAUGUCACUCUUCAGAAUACAUUGUGAGAGUUUUCAGGAAAUAAUUUUUUGUAAUAAACAAGGAGAGGAGUGAACAGAGUUAUGAUCCCAUAGUUAAAAUCUGGAUAAAUCGUUGAGUUCACUAAUCGUUUAAUACCUUCAAAUGAUAAAGGGCAGAGUUAAUGUCAACUCAUCCUCAGUUAUAAAACUAAAUGUGGUGUGAGUGAAUGAAAAAUUGAUCAAGUUCAAAAGCAUAUAAAUAUAGAAGUCAAACUGGAGGUUUGAAUUUUGUAUGAUGGAAUAGUUAUUAAAAUAAACAAAUGCAAAUAAUUUUCAAUGGGUGAUCCUCAUGAACCUUAAAAAUGAAUUUAUUUUUUUUAAAAAUUAGAGUGAAUCAAUGAAAUAUCACAGACAAAAAAUAUUUCAGCUAGACCUUCCCCAACAUAUGUAAAACAUGUUUGUACAUUACGGUAAUGUUUCAAUAAUUAUAUUUUCAUAAUUUCUUCAGUAUCAGUAUCAAAGGCCAAUAAUAUAACAUUAGCAGUUUAUUUGAGAAUGAACUAUCACUAGUGAGUUAACUUUACUAUAAACAAAGUACUUAGGUGUUACAGCCAUAGAAUGACAAUGAACUCUCAAUCACAAGUGAUUUAAUAAAUUUCUCUGGAUGAAAUCUUGAAUACAUCAUUGGCAGCACUCCUGUUGGAAUUAAUGAGGCCUAGAAAUAAAACAAUAGAGUAAUAAAAAUGAUUACUAUUACCCAAACAAUUUCUUGAGGGUAAAUUAUCUCUUGAUCUUAAACAGUAACUCAGAUUUUUAACAAAAUCAGCAGUUGGUCUGGGUCUAACUACUCUGGAAACUAAAAAGAGAGUAAUUAUAUGCUUGAGAAUUAUAUUCUACCAAAUUUUAAAUGCUUAACCCAGAUUCCUACUUGCUUUCCUAAUUUCAUCAGAUGUAGCAUAGGGAAAGCAAUGUUUCUUCCAUAAUAAAUUACAAUUAGCAAGAUCACGCCAUCCCCUACAGACUUUGAAACAAUUAAUUAAAUCUCGAUAAGACAAGUAUGAUAGUAUAUGAAUGCUAAUUUCUAUAGGAACUUCGCUCACUAUAUCCAUCAUUCAACACUUAAAAACAGGGAAGUCAAUGGCAUUUUAAAAAUAGUAAUUAAUAAAGACAGAACAAAUGAAGUGAGAAACGUCCUAUACUUAUAACCACCGGAAAACCUACGAAGUAAACGUAAACAAAUCAGUAAACAGUCUUUUUCUGAUUUGUUUUUACUUGCCAGUUCUUCUAUUAUUGCUAUUUAAGGUGGAAUGGUAUUUUUUUUUUCUUGUUUUUAUGCAAUUGUUAAAUGUAAUUACUGUAACUUCACUUGAGAGAAAAUUAAAAAAAACUAGUUCGAAAAUUCCAGGAAAUUUUGACAAAAGAAGACAUAACCUUCGUUUUUCAAGAGUUUAAUGGAAGGUAACUUUGACAGUGUACAUUCAAAAUGGUCGUGAAUAAGACAUUAGAUGUCCGGUGGAUUAAAAGAUACCGCUUAUUUUGCUUAGGUGGUUCAGUUAUAUUAAUAAUUCAAGUAUUUCUUGCUUAUAUAUUCCUUGCGUUUGAUUCGAGCUAUGAAAAACCUACUCAAGAGUACUUGUCUGGCAAAGGAAGAUUAAAUGUGGAGGUACUGGAAGAUCAUAAUUCCGUGGAAUCUUCUCGGAAAUUUCGUGAUCAUUAUCUUGGACAAGAUGAUGAUGAUGAAGAAGGGCUUGGGAACAGUAAUGCUAUAUACCCAAAAGUCAAACUCCCCCCUGAUAAAUUGGAAUCUAUACAUAAAUUUAAGCAAGUGCCUAGCAAAUCUAAUAAUAAAAUAAUUGAAGGGAACAAGACUGUACUCCGUGUGGAGGAGCUAGACUUUAUACCACUGUGUGAAAUUAAAAGCAAAGAAGCAAUAUCAGCCAUCCAUAGGGCUAGAACUCAGCAUUGCAAGCAAACCAUUGCAAACAUUUCGUGCCUUAUUUCAAGCAGCAAUCUUUACCCAGAUAAAUUACCUCACACAUGUCCAUCAUUAGGUUUAGAAACUGGCAAAGCAAUGGGAUGUUAUCAGGAUGAUAAGGCAUUAAGACUUUUAACUGGAUUUUACCAGAAUUUGAAGACAACUAACUCACCACAUACAUGUUUAGACAUAUGCACAAAAGGUGGUUUUCCUUAUGCUGGUGUCCAAUAUGGAACUGAAUGUUUUUGUGGUGUUUCUGAACCUCCUUCAUCUGCUAGACUGCCUGAUUCUUCUUGUAACAUGAAAUGUCCUCUUGAUCCGAAGCAGCCCUGUGGUGGAUUUUAUACUGUUAAUAUUUAUCAAACUGGCAUAGCAAAACUUUCAAAAGAGACGGCUGAGUUAGUUAGCUCAUCACCGUCUGAUGUACCUAGAGCCAGGGUUCUUUAUCUGUUGACUCUUAAUGGCAGGUCUAUACGUCAAGUGAAAAGACUCAUAAAGGUGUUAUAUAAUGUCUCCAACUACUUUUAUAUUCACGUUGAUGCAAGACAAGAUUAUUUGAUGAGGCAAUUGGUAGAAGUGGAAAAGAAACUAAAAAAUGUUCGAUUAUCAAGAAAUAGAAAUGCAUCUAUUUGGGGCGGUGCUUCACUGCUUACUGUACUUCUUCGAGCCAUGAUUGAACUUAUACCCGAUAAGACCUGGAAAUGGGAUUAUGUUAUCAAUCUGUCAGAAAGUGACUUUCCUGUCAAGACUAAUGAUGAGUUAGUUGACUUCUUAACUGUUCAUAGAAAACGAAAUUUCGUUAAGUCUCAUGGUAGAGAGGUUCAACGAUUUAUACAAAAGCAAGGUCUUGAUAAGACAUUUGUUGAAUGUGAUGCUCAUAUGUGGCGUAUUGGUGACCGCAAUUUACCUUCAGGCAUUGUUAUUGAUGGUGGGAGUGAUUGGUUUGCUCUAUCAAGGCCUUUUGUCGAAUAUCUAGUGACUUACGAAAAAGAUCCUCUACUCCAAGGGCUUGUUACAUUUUUUAAAUAUACUCUCCUCCCAGCAGAGAGUUUCUUUCAUACUGCUCUACGAAAUUCUCCAUUUUGUCGGACAUAUGUUGAUAAUAACCUUCACGUGACUAAUUGGCGUCGCCAUCUUGGUUGUAAAUGUCAAUAUAAGCAUAUUGUUGAUUGGUGUGGUUGUUCACCGAAUAACUUUCGUCUUGAAGAUUGGGGUAGACUUCAGAGUACUAAGUUAAAACCUGUGUUCUUUGCUCGGAAAUUUGAACCUGCUGUAGAUCAAAGUAUUAUCAAUCAAGUUGAGGCCUGGUUGUAUGGACCUUUUCCCUCAAACGUCACAGCAAUGGAGAGCUAUUGGCAUUCUACUUAUUCCUCUUUGGACCUUGAGCCUCGACCAGAUGAUGCAUUGAUUAGUACUGCACUUAGUCUUACACGGGCUACUUCUAGAAGGAAAUUGAAUUGCAGUUUUUCUUCCACGAACAAAAUAUUAGAGAUUACAUCAUAUUAUCGUUACGAUGCUUAUGUCGGCUCUUUGAUACUUUAUAACAUAACAGCAAAAGACAACCUGGAUUCAAUUGUUCUGGAAACGUGGGUACGGCCUGUUGGACACUACACUGUUUUAGAAACAAUGACUUCGCUUUCAGCUCUCAAAAGAAUAGAAGUAAGCAGUGACUAUGACCAGAAGGAAUCUGUUGCUCGAAAUUGGUUACGGACUCUAGGUCCGUUUUCAGAACCAGUUGCAAUUUACUAUCUGGAACAACCUAUAUCUGGUUAUAACUUGACUUUACUUUGGAUAGAUCCAAUUGGUGCUUUAGCUGAUGUUUCUUAUCUGUCAAUCUCAGGUGAUAGCCUAACAGGGUUUGUAAAAAGCUCAUUGAAGGCACCAUUAUUUCCCGGUAUUUGGACUUUGAGGAUAAUACAUGGAGGUAAAGCACAUUCUGAAACUUCUUUCCUUGUGACACCUCUUGAACUGCUGAAUGGGUCUCCUUUAACCCAGAGGGAGGCUGGUUUUAUGCACCGGGGUCCUUCUGAAAGAUAUCCAAAGAGAGCUGAAGACUGGGGCAUUCGAGGUGGUGGUAAUGCCUUAGAAAGGAGAGCUCUUUCCAAUGCCAGAAGAACUGGUAAAGAUCUGCAACAGUGGAUUGACUCCCUUUCUAGUCGGUUUUAUGAAAUUGUUGAGAGCUGUGUUGUCAAAAAAAGGAAGUGGUGUGACCUUCCUGUGUGUGAAAACACCAACUGGAGUUCACUUUCACCCGAUCCAAAAUCAGAAUUAACUACGGUGGAUGAUGUUUCUGGCAGAAUGAAAAGAUGGUGAUAUGUCUAGGAAGAAGACAGAAAACAUUGUGAUAUUUAAUGCUACACCUGACAAUACCAUAUUAUUCUUAAUUUGUCAUUCUGAAACAUUUUCAAGCCAUAUCAAUGGAAUUUUAAAAUUUUAAUUGAUUUAAAAUUGUAUUUAUAUUUUUAUGUACCUUAUCAAUUAAAUUUAUUUUUAAUUUAUUAUGUUUUCUUAUCGGGAACUUUAAUUUUAUUUCCAUUUAGGAA